CUCGGAAAUGCCACUGAAACACGUUUUCGGUCCGCUCAAUCAAAAGCGAAAUGAGAUACGAUUACUACAUCUUGAUCCUAGUGCGUAUCUCUAUUGGAUGCACCUAGAUACAACGCCUUGUCAUACGUCUGGGGUGACCCCACCGCCACGUCCGCCGUCUUCCUAGGCGACGGGUCACAUGUUCCGAUCGCGGCGAACCUGUUGGAUGCACUUUUGCACAUACCUAGCGCCGAAUCGAUGCCAUUACCAAUAUGGGUUGAUGCUUUGUGUAUAAAUCAAGCCGAUGACGCAGAGAAGAGCUGGCAAGUUCAAAUGAUGGACCAGAUCUACCUAGGAGCAACCAAGACUUUUGUGUACCUCGGACCGUCGACAAGGGAGUCUUACGAAGCCAUUCGAUCCUUUUCCUUCUAUGGACGAAAGGCGCUACAAUAUGGCAUACUGAAUUUAACUAGUGGACCCAAUCCGAAUGAACCGUUCGAGUUUGGGUACGAAAGGUGGACCCUUGGGCCUUCUGACGUGCAUGGCAAGAAAAUCAUUGACAAGAUCAUUCGAAACAUGCAAGAUCCAAACAAGAUAUCACCACUGAAAAUGCUUCAAUCAAUAAUGCACAGGCCGUGGUGGUCGAGAAUCUGGGUCUUGCAAGAGCUGUUGCUGUCACCCAACCCAAUCUUUGUUUGUGGCUACCAGACCAUUUCAGCGAGAGAAUUUGUCGCAAGUGUGAGAUUGUACGAAGCAACACUCACGGUGUACUAUGAAAAUCUGCUAUCGAUGCCGACGGACUCAUCAGCGUACGACUUAAAUCUGCCACUCAUACGUAAGAUUGGUCAUGAGACUCGAAGCCUUCACAACAUGGCCGACGUACCUGCACUAGUACUGUAUACUACUCAGCUUCGGCAGCGCGAGAGAUCAAGGUGUCAUGGGAUCGAGGAACCAUACUUUGGACUAGGAAACCUAUGGGAUCUUGUUCAGGAUAUAACUCUCAGCUCGCGGCGGCUUGACGCAUCCGACCCACGCGACAGAAUAUACGCUUUGAUCGGCAUAGCGCGUCUGAGUCGAGUCGACACCGUUACCUUACAGCCUGAAUAUGCUCUGACUUGUGCAUAUGUAUAUGCACAAGCCACAUACCUCUUCAUGCAGUACACUGGGCCACGCAUGCUUAUGUUGGCAAUCCACAGCCAUAAGCGUACCUCCUUCCUCAAUCUAUCGUCUUGGAUAGUGGACUGGUCUCUAACCGACCUCAUGACCGCGCCUUUUCCUAUUGUUGAUAGUCGCCGACAAGACACAUUCCAGUUUACUCGUAGUGCUUGUGACAAGAGUAUUCUGACGAGUUCUGUGACAGUAUACGGCAAAAUUGAGGUCCUCAAAGUCAAGGUCUCGACUCCAGGUUCCAAUGAGCAUCAACCAGAUAUCAUCAGACGUCUACUAAGGUAUCUUUCCGAUCUUGAGAUCGACAGCUGUGCCACUUUGGAAGACUUAAAUCACCCCUACGAACAACUCAUCUCUGCCAUGGCAUUGAACUCCCAUCCAGAUAACUUUGGUAGCGAGACGUCGGAGAUCGCCCCAAUGAAGCUGCACGCAAUGACCAUUCUUAUUCGAGAAGAGCUCUUCAAAACGCAUAGCCUCGAGGUACAAGCAAGCCAAGACACAGAAUGCGCCACCUCAACAAAGACAAUCGAUAGCUGGCUUAGAUCCUGCCCAACCAUAAACCCAGAACCCUGCUCAGUCGAGCCGAGUCAACAAGUAGGAACACUAUCUCUUGUGCUCGAUCGCAUACGCGAUACAAUUGAGCAGGAUGCGAAAGUCUUCGUCGUCGACGGCGACCUGAUUGGGAUUGGGUCUUCGCUGAUACGCGAUGGUGACCUACUUAUCGAGUAUGAGAAAGACGCACUGAGAUUCGUUAUCAGGGCGGUCGAGGGCGGGUUUUAUAAAUUGAUUGACAAGGCUUGUGUCCCGCGACUGGACUCUGAGCGGACUACUACCAGCAAUUGUCAAGCCUCUACUAUUAGUCUAUGCUGAAUGUAAAUAUAUUGAUGAGAUCUAACAUGAGCAAGUGGACCUUCAACGCGCACUCCAUGCUCAGCAGCCGAAAUCCCAACUCUUUCU